GUCGGUGGCGGACCAAUCUCACCCUGCCCGACAACGCACACACGCACACACGCACACACACACACACACACACACACAUACACACACUCAAAUACUCUCUCACACACGCCUCGGCUGCUCGGAUGACAAGUUCAGCGAUAACAAGCGAUAUAUAGCCGAUGUAUAUAUUAUACAUGUAUGCUGGGACCUCCCUCACUACUUCCUUUCGCCCGCACGCCUACCUGCUGAGAUUUAAUCUCAUCACUGACGCGAAGUGACAGCCAGAGACACUUUGAACCGUAUUUUUAUUUUUUGGUUUCCCUCGGCGCUUCCAAAGAGGAUUUAAGUUUUCAUCGGCUUGGAAGGAGCGGUUUCUUCGAUAAUGCCAGCCGACACUAUGGAGAAGCAGACGGCGUCCCCUAUUGCCGGUGCUCCUGCGAACGGAUCGCACACGCCGGACAAACCAAAAAACGCUAGCGAGCAUAGAAAGUCCUCCAAGCCGAUCAUGGAGAAACGUCGAAGAGCAAGGAUAAACGAGAGUCUCGGCCAGCUGAAGACGCUAAUUCUAGACGCACUUAAAAAGGAUAGUUCCAGGCAUUCAAAACUGGAGAAAGCAGAUAUUCUGGAGAUGACAGUGAAGCACUUGAGGAACUUGCAGCGUGUGCAAAUGACCGCGGCACUAUCAGCGGACGCCACCGUCCUCAGCAAAUACCGGGCUGGAUUCAACGAGUGCAUGAACGAGGUCACCCGUUUCUUGUCCACCUCCGAGGGAGUGAACACGGAGGUGAGGUCGAGACUCCUCAGCCACUUGUCCAGCUGCAUGGGUCAGAUGAUCGCCAUGAACUACCCACAGCAAGCCCCGGCGCAGCAGGCGCACCUCAGUCAGCCUCUCCACGUGCAGCUCCCGUCAACGCUGCCCAUCAACGGCGGCUCCAUGGGCUCCAAGCUCAGCCCAACGGAAGCUGCGUCGCCCAAAGUCUUCGGGGGAUUCCAGCUGGUGCCAGCGACCGAUGGACAAUUUGCCUUUUUGAUUCCCAACCCAGCCUUUGCCUCCGCCACGGCUCCCGUCAUCCCCUUGUACCCAAACGCAGGCGUGCCUGUUGCAGUCAACUCCAGUCCGGUGCAUGGCAGCUCUGCGCCCACAGCGGCUUCUCCGGUCCAUGGCAUGACCUCUUUCGCCGGUGUGUCCCAGGCAGUCAGUCCGGUCGGGGUCAGCACCGGCUCGGAGCACAGCGAGCCCGUAUGGCGGCCCUGGUAACCCAGUUCACUGAAGGACAAGAGACACAACAUGAAACCGGUUUUCAUAUAGUUACGUUUUCAUAUGUUCAUAUGUUUUCAUAUGUUCAUAGUUGAUAGUUUUCAUAUGGUUCCGUUCUAUGGAACAUGGUUGCCUCUGUUGAGCAUGGCAAGUUUUUUUUUUUAAUUUAUUGGCUGAGUCCAAAACUUGGAUGUCGUUGAUAUAUAUACUGUACAUGCAGCUGAAGAUUUAUAGAUGUUUGUUAUGGAGUACUUUUUAUGAAAAGGUUUAGUUUUGUAAAGAGUUGUUAACUGAUUGUUAUACCAAAGCUGUGUUUUAUAUUCUUUCUUGUUCUAUGUUGGAAAAAACUGAAGUUGGGCAUGACCCAUUGUUCUAAUAAAUCAGAUCUAAGA